ACCACCACCACCACCACCAUCACUUCCAAACCCACAAGCACAUCAUCAGCUUGCCGGAAAAACUUCACAACCACCACCGCCACCUCUUUCUUCCCAAACACCCAUUUCACAGAUCAUGAAUCCCUUCCUUCUUUCAAAGAAUCACUCAUUAGUUUCACUGAAACCUACCCCAACUAUUCCGAUACUGCCCGAGUUGACCGAAUUCGAGGACAAGAAUACUACCAUCUUUCCCUCUCAAACCGUAUAUGCCUCGAUUACAUCGGCAUCGGACUUUUCUCCCAUUUGCAGCUUCAGACUGUACAGCAACCUUCCAUAGUUUCCCCUUCAUCUCCUUCUUCAAGUGACCAAUUCUCCGAUUUCCCCUUCUUUAGUACCAUCUAUAAGUCUGUAAAUCUCAAGUCCCAGUUGCUUCAUGGUGGGGAAGGAUCGAAGUUCGAAUCAUCGAUCAGGAAGAGAAUCAUGGAGUUUUUGAACGUUUCUGAUGAAGAUUAUUUUAUGCUGAUCACUGCAAAUAAGUCGUCGGCUUUCAAAAUUGUUUCUGAAGCUUACCCUUUUCAGACUAGUCGUAAGCUGCUGACGGUUUAUGAUUACAAGAGUGAGGCUGUGGACGCCAUGGUUACUACAUCGGAGAAACGAGGAGCCAGAAUCAUGUCAGCUGAAUUCAAGUGGCCCAGGCUGAGGAUUCACACUGCAAGAUUAAGAAAACUGGUGGAAAGAAAGAGGAAGAAGAAGAAAAUGAGGGGUCUUUUCGUGUUCCCACUUCAAUCUCGAACCACUGGAGCUAGUUACUCGUAUCAAUGGAUGAUCAAGGCGCAAGAAAACGGGUGGCAUGUCUUGCUUGAUGCUUGUGCAUUGGGCCCAAAAGACAUGGAUAGCUUCGGGUUGUCGCUAAUUCGACCCGAUUUCCUAAUUUGUUCUUUCUACAAAGUUUUUGGCGAAAACCCGACUGGAUUCGGAUGCUUAUUUGUCAAGAAAUCAGUCGUACCGAUCAUGGAUGCUUCAACAUGUGUAGGGAUCGCCACUCUUAUACCUGCAAAAAACUCAUCGUUCCAAGCAGAUGACGAACAUUCAUCUGGUACAGAUUUAGAACUUGAACAAGAUCAAGAAAAAGCAGUUCAAUCUUGUGAACCAUCAAAUCAGAUCGUAAUCCAUGGCGAAAAAAACAAAAUCCCAGAGAUCGAAUAUAGAGGAUUGGAUCAUGUCGAUUCCCUAGGGUUGAUACAAAUUAGCACGCGCACCAGGUGUUUGAUAAAUUGGCUGAUCAAUGCGCUAAUGAAACUAGAACAUCCCAACACCGAAACUAAGACACCCCUGGUCCAAAUCUACGGUCCAAGAAUCCGAUUCGAUCGUGGGCCCGCAUUAGCCUUCAAUGUUUACGAUUGGAAAGGUGAAAAGGUCGAACCCGCACUCAUUCAAAAACUCUCGGAUCGAAACAACAUAUCUUUGAGCCAAGGGUUCUUGCAGCAGAUAUGGUUUGCGGAUAAGUAUAACGAAGAAAAGGAACGGUUGAUUUCGAGCAGUGGUGGGAAGAAGAGCAAAGGGUUGCAGCAUAUUGCGGUGGUGACGGCAGCCAUCACGUUUUUGGCAAGUUUCGAAGAUGUUUAUAGACUAUGGGCGUUCGUAGCUCGGUUCUUGGAUGCCGAUUAUGUCGAGAAAGAAAGAUGGAGAUAUACGGCUCUCAACCAAAAAACGAUCGAAGUCUAAUAAGCAAUACAACGAGAAACAUCUUUAGUAUACUAAGAAGGAAGAAAAUACGCAUUUGGAGUACAUCACAGCAUUUGGAGUACAUCACAUAAUUUUAUUUUCCAAUCAAUCA